GGGCCUUGCUGGAGGCGGGGCGGGCCGGCGCGCCCCGGGCUUGGCGCUGGAGGAGCCUCCCCCGGUGCCGCGCUGCCCACCAUGGCCAAGCCCACCAGCAAAGACUCGGGCUUGAAGGAGAAGUUCAAGACGCUGCUGGGGUUGGGGCCCUCACGGCCACAUGCCAGGUCCACAGAGGGCAAGCACACGGAGUUCGUGAUCACAGCCGAAAUCCUGAGAGAGCUGAGCGUGGAGUACGGGCUGAGCAAUCGCAUCCGAGUCAUAGGGCAGAUCUGCGAAGUGGCGAGAACCAAGAGGUUUGAGGAGCACGCCGUGGAAGCACUAUGGAGGGCCGUCGCUGACCUGCUGCAGCCCGACAGGCCGCCAGAGGCCCGCCAUGCUGUGCUGGCCCUGCUCACCGCCAUUGUGCAGGGCCAGGGGGACCGCCUGGGCGUGCUGCGAGCCCUCUUCUUCAGGGUCAUCAAGGACUACCCCUCCAAUGAAGACCUGCACGAGCGGCUGGAAGUGUUCAAGGCCCUCACAGACAACGGGAGACACAUCACCUACUUGGAAGAAGAAUUGGCUGACUUUGUCCUGCAGUGGAUGGAUGUCGGCUUAUCCUCAGAGUUCCUGCUGGUGCUUGUGAACCUGGUCAAGUUCAACAGCUGUUACCUGGACGAGUACAUCGCAUCCAUGGUUCAGAUGAUUUGCCUGCUGUGCAUCCGGACCACGUCACCCGUGGAUAUAGAGGUCUCCCUGCAAGUGCUGGACGCCGUGGUCUGCUACAACUGCCUGCCUGCCGAGAGCUUGCCCCUGUUCAUUGUCACCCUCUGCCGCACUGUCAACGUCAAGGAACUGUGUGAGCCCUGCUGGAAGCUCAUGCGGAACCUGCUGGGGACACACCUGGGCCACAGCGCCAUCUACCACAUGUGCCGCAUCAUGGAGGACCGAGCCUACAUGGAAGACGCCCCGCUGCUGAGAGGAGCCGUGUUCUUUGUCGGCAUGGCGCUCUGGGGGGCCCACCGGCUCUACUCCCUGAAGAACUCCCCCACAUCUGUGCUGCCCUCCUUCUAUGAGGCCAUGACCUGCCCCAACGAAGUGGUGUCCUACGAGAUCGUGCUGUCCGUGUCCCGCCUCAUCAAGAAGUACCGGAAGGAGCUGCAGGCCGUGACCUGGGACGUGCUGCUGACCAUCAUCGAGCGGCUGCUCCAGCAGCUGCAGACCCUGGAGAGCUCGGGCCUCCGGGCGCCCGUGCACGACCUGCUGACCACCGUGGAGGAGCUGUGUGACCAGAACGAGUUCCAUGGGCCACGGGACAGGUUCUUCGAGCUUGUCGAGAGGCACGCUGAGCAGAGACCGGAGGCUUCCAUCCUGAACCUGAUCUCGUACCGGGCUCAGUCCAUCCACCCAGCCAAGGACGGCUGGGUCCACCACCUGCAGCGGCUGAUGGAGCGCUUCUUCAGGAGCGAGUCCCGCAGCGCCGUGCGCAUCAAGGUGCUGGCUGUCCUCUCCUUCGUGCUGCUCAUCAACCGGCAGUUCUACGAGGAGGAGCUCAUCAACUCAGUCGUGCUCUGCCAGCUGUCCUCCAUCCCGGAGGACAAGGACCCCCAGGUCCGAAAGCUGGCUACCCAGUUGCUGGUGGACCUGGCAGAGGGCUGCCACACCCACCACUUCAACAGCCUGCUGGACAUCAUUGAGAAGGUGAUGGCCCGCCCCCUGUCCCCACCCCCUGAGCUGGAGGAGAGGGACUGGCCUGCCCACUCGGCCUCCCUGGAGGAGGUGAAGACCGCCGUCCUGGGGCUCCUGGUCAUCCUGCAGACCAAGCUCUACACCUUGCCGGCCAGCCACGCAGCCCGAGUCUACGAGACACUCGUGCACCACCUACAGCUGCACUACAAGCACGCUUACAGCCUCCCCAUCGCCAGCAGCAUCCGACUCCAGGCCUUUGACUUCUUGCUGCUGCUGCGGGCAGACUCACUGCACCGCCUGGGCCUGCCCAGCAAGGACGGCGCUGUGCGCUUCAGCCCCUACUGCCUGUGUGACUACAAGGAGCCUGAGCGUAGCACUGAGAAGAAGGCCAGCGGCCCCCUCUCACCACCCACGGGACCUCCAGGCCCAGCUCCCCCGGGCCCGGCCGUGCGGCUUGCCUACCUGCCCUACUCUCUGCUCUUCCGCGUCCUGCUGCAGUGCCUGAAACAGGAGAGCGACUGGAAGGUGCUGAAGCUGGUGCUCAGCAAGCUGCCGGCGUCUCUGCGCCACAAGGUCCUCGUCUCCACCUCCCCGUGCAGCGUCGACCAGCUGUCGGCCGCCCUCUGCUCCAUGCUUUCAGGCCCCAAGACCCUGGAGCGGCUGCGCGGCACCCCCGAGGGCUUCUCCAGAACUGACCUGCACCUCGCCGUGGUGCCCGUGCUGACGGCACUCAGCUCCUACCACGGCUACCUGGACAAAGCCAGACAGCGCGAGAUGGUGUACUGCCUAGAGCAAGGCCUCAUCUACCGCUGCGCCAGCCAGUGCGUGGUGGCGCUGGCCGUGUGCAGCGUGGAGAUGCCCGCCGUCAUCACCAAGGCCCUGCCCGUGCUCAUUGUCAAGCUCACCCACAUUUCGGCCACUGCCAGCAUGGCUGCCCCUCUGCUCGAGUUCCUGUCCACUCUGGCGCGGCUGCCGCAUCUCUACAGGAACUUCGCGGCAGAGCAGUAUGCCAGCGUGUUUGCCAUCUCCCUGCCAUAUACCAACCCGUCCAAGUUCAAUCAGUAUAUCGUGUGCCUGGCUCACCACGUCAUAGCCAUGUGGUUCAUCCGGUGCCGCCUGCCCUUCCGGAAGGACUUUGUUCCCUACAUCACGAAGGGCCUCCGCUCCAACGUGCUCCUCUCCUUCGAUGACACCCCCGAGAAGGACAGUUUCCGAGCCAGGAGCACCAGUCUCAACGAGAGGCCCCGGAGGGGCUCUUCGGGGCGGCGCGAUCCCCCUGGUAGUGUAAGGCCAGCCAGGUCCCCCAAACAAGGCUCGAGCCACUCUCGGCCCGUGAGAGAGCGCCCGGAAAGCAGCGCAGCCGAGGCCUUCCGCUGCCGCAGCGUCAGUGUGUCUGAGCAGGUGGUCCGCAGCAGGAUCCAGAGCUCGCUCACCAGCACCAGCCUGGGUUCUGCCGACGAGAACUCUGUGGCCCAGGCGGACGGCAGCCUGCGCACCCUCCACCUGGAGCUCACCGAGACGUGCCUGGACAUGAUGGCCAGAUACGUCUUCUCCAACUUCACCGCCGUGCCCAAGAGGUCCCCCGUGGGAGAGUUCCUUCUGGCUGGAGGCCGGACCAAGACCUGGCUGGUAGGGAACAAGCUGAUCACCGUGACGACCAGUGUGGGCACAGGCACGCGGUCACUGCUGGGCCUCGAGCCUGGCGAGCUGCAGGCUGGCCCCGAGCGCAGCACUGACCCCAGCCUGCUCGUGCGGCAGACCAAGGAGGCGCCGGCCAAGCUGGAGUCCCAGGCAGGAGCGCAGGUGUGCCGCGGGGCCCGCGACCGCGUCCGAUCCAUGUCAGGGGGCCAUGGCCUGCGUGUGGGGGCCCUGGAGACCCCACCCACCCACUCCCCAGGAGGCCCCAGUGCCUCUGGGCUGCAGACCCCACCAGUCACUAAGCCUGAGAAGGCCCCCACUGGAGCCCAGACGCCAAAGGAAAAGGCGAGCCUGGCAGCCUGCGUGCCCCUGCUGACCCAGGGCUGGGCCGAGAUCCUGGUCCGGAGGCCCACAGGGAACACGAGCUGGCUGCUGAGCCUGGAGAACCCGCUGAGCCCCUUCUCCUCCGACAUGGACAACAUGCCCCUGCAGGAGCUGUCCAAUGCCCUCAUGGCCGCAGAGCGCUUCAAGGAGCACCGGGACACCGCCCUGUACAAGUCGCUGUCGGUGCCAUCCACCAGUGCCGCUGCCGCCACGCCCUCCCCCCUGCCCCGCUCCAACACAGUGGCCUCUCUCUCCUCCCUGAGCCAGUCCAGUUGCCAAGGAAGGCUGCACAGGAGUGUGUCCUGGGCAGACUCCCCGGCAGUCUUGGAGGAGGGACGUGCAGCUCAGGAGAACAUGUCCACCGAGUCCCCCGAGCUGGACGACUUUGAGGCGGCCCCUGGUCCAGACAGGCGCUGCCGACGAGCUAGGACCUACAGCAGGUCAUCGUCCACCUCCAGCCAAGAGGAGAAGCCGCUGCGUGUGGAAGAGCGGGGGGCCAGCAGCAGCAUCCCCAUCUUGAGGGCUGGGGGUGGCCCACCCUGCGCAGACCUCCCCUUCCAGCCCUCGCAGCCCCUGAGCAAGUCCAGCUCCUCCCCUGAGCUGCAGACGCUGCAGGACGUCCUCGGGGAUGCAGGUCACAAAGCCGACGUGGGCCGACUGAGCCCGGAGGCCAAGGCCCGCUCACAGUCAGGGACCCUGAAUGGGGAGAGCGACCCCUGGCCAGCCCCAGGCGAGGAGGGCCGGGCCUGUGGCCCCUCCCAGCAUGAGAGCCCACCCCCCGCAGGCUCCCCUCGCUCCCCCGGUGGCCUGCGGCCCCGGGGCUACACAAUCUCCGACUCAGCCCCCUCGCGGCGGGGCAAGAGAGUGGAGAGGGACUCCUUCAGAGGCAGAGCCGCUGCCGCCAACGCCGAGAAGGUGCCAGGCAUCAACCCCAGCUUCGUGUUCCUGCAGCUCUACCACUCGCCCUUCUUUGGAGACGAGUCCAACAAGCCCAUUCUGCUCCCCAAUGAGUCCUUUGAGCGGUCAGUGCAGCUGCUCGACCAGAUCCCUUCCUACGACACACACAAGAUCGCUGUUCUCUAUGUGGGCGAGGGCCAGAGCAACAGCGAGCUGGCGGUCCUCUCCAACGAGCACGGCUCCUACAGGUACACGGAGUUCCUGACGGGCCUGGGCAAGCUCAUCGAGCUCAAGGACUGCCAGCCCGACAAGGUCUACCUAGGCGGCCUGGAUGUGGGCGGCGAGGACGGCCAGUUCACCUACUGCUGGCACGAUGACAUCAUGCAAGCCGUCUUCCACAUUGCCACUCUGAUGCCCACCAAGGACGGGGACCGGCACCGCUGUGACAAGAAGCGUCACCUGGGCAACGACUUUGUGUCCAUCGUCUACAACGACUCCGGGGAAGACUUCAAGUUAGGCACCAUCAAGGGCCAGUUCAACUUUGUGCACGUGAUGAUCACGCCCCUGGACUACGAGUGCAACCUGGUCUCCCUGCAGUGCCGCAGAGACAUGGAGGGCCUGGUGGACACCAGUGUGGCCAAGAUAGUGUCUGACUGCAACCUGCCCUUCGUGGCCCGCCAGAUGGCUCUGCACGCCAACAUGGCCUCCCAGGUCCACCAUAGCCGCUCCAACCCCACCGAUGUCUACCCCUCCAAGUGGAUCGCCCGGCUUCGCCAUAUCAAGCGCCUGCGCCACCGGAUCCGGGAGGAGGCCCACUGCCUGAACCCCAGCCUGCCCCUGGUGCAGACACAGCCCUCGGCCCCCACUAAGACUCAAGCUGAGCCCACGCCCACUUACGAGACGGGCCAGAGGAAGCGCCUCAUCUCCUCCGUGGACGACUUCACUGAGUUUGUCUGACACUGGGCUGGGGCCGGCCCCCUGGUCCUGCCUGCACGACCCCAUCUUUCCGUCUCACGUGCAAAUCAAUAAAGGUCGUGUGGCCCUCCUCGCCCAGGCACACGCUCGGACACACA